AUGCCAAAAUAUCAAUUGGUACACGUUUAUAGGUCUGGUUUGACAUUUUUGAGUCCGAUUUCUAAUGAAGUUGAUCCGUUGAUGGUACUUGAAUUUCAACAUCGCAUUGUUGAUAUUCUGAUUGAGUAUCUUGGUGAAGUUUCUGAGGCGACAAUUAAGGAUAACUUUGAUGUUGUGUAUCAGCUCUUGGAAGAGAUGAUGGAUUAUGGAUAUCCAUUAACUACAGAGCCUAAUGCCUUAAAAGAGAUGAUUGUGCCACCAACAAUAAUAAACAAAGUUAUAAGUCAAGUUGCUGGUGUUACAAAUGUGGGAAAUUAUAUUCCUAACGGAGCAUUAUCAAGUAUUCCCUGGCGAAAAGCCGGUGUCAAAUAUACCAAUAAUGAAAUAUAUUUUGAUAUUGUUGAAGAAAUUGAUGCGAUUGUUGAUAGUAAUGGUGCUAUAGUGUCUUCUGAAACGCAUGGUUUUAUACAAGCAAAUUGUCGUCUUUCAGGUAUGCCCGAUCUUACCCUAAGCUUCUUAAAUCCACGCGUAUUGGACGACUGUAGUUUUCAUCCAUGUGUAAGAUACAAUAAAUUUGAGAACGAACGCGUCCUCUCGUUUGUCCCACCAGACGGACAUUUCAAAUUAAUGAGUUAUCGUGUUAAUCUCCCACGUAAUCAAAUAUUACCAAUAAAUGUAAAGCCUCAGAUACACAUUGGAAAUACAGGAGGGAAAUUCGAUAUAUCAAUUACUAUCAGAAAUACAGAUGGUAAAUCGGUAGAAAAGGUUCUGCUUGUAUUCCCAUUAGGCAAAUCAGUUUUGAAUGUAAAUGCUACGUGUAAUCUUGGUUCAUAUAUGUUCGAUCAUGUCGCAAAAUGUAUACGAUGGGAUUUAGGGAAAAUAACACCAAAGGAAAAAACGCCAGCUCUGUCUGGUAAUUUCACUAGCUCGGAACAAACACCUGAAUCCGGUCAUACGAUAACCUUAGAUUUCCAAAUUAAUAUGUAUGCGUUAUCCGGAUUAAAAGUCGAUAGUUUAAAGAUAUAUAAUGAAGGGUAUAAGCCGUACAAGGGCGUAAGAAGUUUAACAAAAGCGGGUAAAUUUCAGAUAAGAACAUAA